AUGGGAGAUAAUGUGCCCAGAAAAUCGCACAAGCUGUCGGACGUUAAUAAAAAAAUACCAAACGCAAUUAAUCGUACGACAACGGAGACUAUGAGACUUGGUGAGCCAGACAGAACACACCCGGCGUUGGGUCUGUCUGUGCCUAGCAACAUUACGCCGAGCAGUCAGUGCAAGAAAAAAACAUCAUCCUUUCAAAUAACUAGCGUCACUGUUGGCACCCGUAUGAGUAAUGACGCCGGUGAAGAUUCUAACGAUGAUCUUGAUGAGUCACACGGCGAAGAUACAUCUAUUGAGUUAUCAAGAAUUACGGAUAUUGAAACCCCGAGCUAUUCCGAAGACACAUUUUCAAAGGAGGAUGUUUUUUUUAAUGCCAGUAAUGCUGCUCUAAGUACUGCACCCGUUAUUCCAACUAGUUCACAGUACGGACUUGCCAUAGUACCGUCCGAAGGUGGUAAUGUUAAUAAUUCAACAAACGACACAAAUAUUAAUUCACUUGAUAUUGCCUCUGUUACUGAUAAUAACAUUAUUAAUUUGUUAUCGAGUACCGCUAAACAGGACACGGAUAUCCGGGAGGUACAUUCACAUGGACGUAAUGAGAGAUUCAAAGUUGUUAAAAUCGAAAGCACGGAACCUUUUAAACGGGGCCGAUGGACGUGCAUGGACUACCUUGAUCACACUAAUUCUGUUAAUCAGUCGAAUGCCAUUGGUACACCCAAAGUAUCCGAUCCAAAUGAAGUAUGUAUAUCGUAUGGUGUCACGGACGGUGGGAUUAUUGCACUAGAUCCGUCCAAGUCUUUGACCACUGAAGAUAAUGGCAUUAUCAAUGUUGAUAUGAAUGGACAUGCGACACAUCAAGAUAUUAUUAGCUCUAUGAUUUCAAAUACUGUUGCUACUUCUGCUCCAUCUUCUUCUUCUAUUGUUAAUCCUAAUGCUGCUGCUGCUGCUGCUGUUGCUUAUUCUGUUAGUAAUAAUUCCUUACCGCAGAAUAUCCAGCGCACUGUUGCACCCGUUCAACAGCCUACUCAGAUACCCCAAUACUUCCAAUCGUCACCGCAGCAGCAACACCAGCAGCAACAGCAACAGCAACAGCAACAACAACAACAACAACAACAACAACAACAACAACAACAACAACAACAACAACAUCAGCAGCAGCAGCAGCAACAACAUCAGCAACAACAACAACAACACCAACAACAACAUCAGCACCAUCAACAUCCACAUCAACACCAACCACAAGGUGGACAACAGCAACAACAAGGUUCGACGUUACCUGCUAAUUUGCAAAAUUCACAUCCUAAUAAUUUAGGACAACCUCAGAGUAUGCCUCAAGGUUCUAUUCCUAUUAUUACUCAGACUAAUAAUAACAAUGUGACGCCACAACAAACUAUAAGUCAUACGAAGGAAGAUAAUACGUAUGUAACAGUAAGCUCGCAAAAUCAAUCCAUGCCAGGUCAAAAUGUUUGUCAACCGUCAGUACAAUCAUCGACACCAGGUUCCCAGGCUACUAAUAUCCUCGUAACACAGCAUCAGCCUCAGCAACAAACUCAACCCCAGCCUCAACAGCAACAGCAACAGGGGCUACAAGCGCCGACAUCGAUGACUCAAAUUUCCGAGCCAAUCAACACCUUGCAGAAUAUCCAGGGCAUGCAGGGUAUCCACAGUGUUCCUCAGACAAGUAUACAACAACCGACUUCGACAAUUCAUGUUCCUGGUGGUCCUCUUCCUACGCAAGUGAUUCCUCCGACGGCGAUGCAACAGCCACAACCAGCGGGUGCUAAUAGUCAGGUGCAGAUGACCCAAGUUUCUGGAAACUGUCAAAAUGUUGUUCCUGGAAUUCAACAACAGCAGAGUUCUAUGGGUUUUCAUCAACCCGACAUAGAGCUGGAUUCCAUGUCGGGAGGACUAGCUAAUGCCGGCAGUAGUCAAUUAGCAGACGCGGCGCUCCUUGAAUGCCUUGCUGAGGUAACGCAGACCAACGAUGAUCAUCAUACACUUGAAGACAAUGAAAGUAUGUCGGGGACAAGUGCUGUAGCUAUUGAUAACAAGAUUGAACAAGCCAUGGAUUUGGUCAAGAGUCAUCUAAUGUUUGCUGUGAGAGAAGAAGUUGAAGUGCUGAAAGAAAAAAUAGCCGAGCUAAUGGAUCGUAUAAAUCAGCUCGAGGCUGAAAAUUCAAUUUUAAGAGCACACGCGACAUCCGAAACACUAGCUCAAUUGAGCCAAUCGACAACCAAAUUACCCCAAAAUAAUUCAGCAAGUGGUCAAUAG